CGGCGACGCUGGAAGAAGAUGGCGGACGAAGCGGGUAGCAACGGGGACGCUUCAGCCUUGCCGGUGGGGAAGGAGGCAGUUCUUUGAAUUACUAAAACUGAAAUACGUGUUGAUGGCAAACAAUACAAAUCCUGCUGGAACAUGAGCCAUAGGACCAGAAUGGGUGGUGAACCUCCCUUUGCAGGAGCAGAAUACUUCUCUAAAAAGCAGCAUGCUCCCCCAGUGGAUCGUCUGAUUAAAGAGAACAGCCACAUCUUCACAGAUACCCAAUGUAAAGUCUGUAGUGCUGUGCUCAUCUCUGAGUCCCAGAAGCUUGCUCAUUAUCAGAGUAAGAAACAUGCAAACAAAGUUCGGCGGUACAUGGCUAUCCAUGGUGAGGAGGAGCUCAGCCAGAGUAAGAAAAUAAAGCUGGAUACAAAGCAGCAGAGCAACAAUGGAGAAGACAGGAACAAAUGCUGUCCCAUCUGUAACAUGACCUUCUCCUCACCUGUUGUGGCUAAUUCCCACUACCUAGGCAAGACUCAUGCCAAGAAUCUGAAGCUGAAGCAGCAGUCUCCUAAAGCAGAAGCAGCUGUACCUGCUCAGAAACAACCUGCUAACCCACCUCCCACUACUGUGUCCUCUAAUGAAGAGAACCAAAACACUACUGACCCAGACAAAUUCUGCAAUCUCUGCCAUGCCACGUUCAAUAAUCCCCUGAUGGCAAAGCAGCACUACGUAGGCAAGAAACACAAAAAGCAGGAAACCAAACUUAAACUAAUGGCACACUAUGGGAGAACCCCUGAGGAGCCUGCUGCCUCAACAGAUCAAACCGAGGGGGAAACCCAGAACCAAAAACUUAUUCAAGGACCAGGGAACUUAUUAACCAUGGAAGGAAUGCACAAAAAUACUGUUGCUGGAAAGGGGUAUCCCUGUGAUGACUGUAAUAUAGUACUGAACUCAAUAGAGCAGUACCAAGCUCACAUCAGCGGCUUCAAACACAAGAACCAUAUACCAGGAGGAAUUCCUGUUACAGCACGGUACCCAACGACGCUGUACCGCGAGGAGACAACCGGCCCUGAUGGCUACAGCUAUUUCAGCCAAGACAUCUAGAGCAAGCUCCAGUGAUAUUUUUUGAAUUGCUGGCGGCCCAAAAGUGAACAUCUUUUAUCAGCCCACUAUGGUUUUAUUGUUCCGCUGGCUAAAUGAAACCCUCCUGUCCUGCAGUGUACCGAUUUAGCUGAUUCAGAACUAACUAUUGGCUAAAGGAUCUAGAAGGGACAGAUUUACUAGUUGACAUUUGCUCAGUCCUUUAGAAUAGUUUUCAUUGUGUAAUCUCUUGCUGUCAUGGCUGAUAGGUGGGGUGGGGAUUGUGCCGAGCCAGCGUUCCACCUUGAACCCACCCUUUCCCUCUGCCCAGAAGAAGCCAAAGGAAGUUCUACAGCCAGUACCAGCCAGAGGAGAUGGACCUUUGGAAGAAAGCUUGUAAUUCUUGGUAACACAGUGCUUGUUAAAUGUGAGGUAUGGAAUGGGCAUAAUUGACAGACUGAUUGCCUUCUACUCACCUAGAAUGGGAUGUUACAUUGCUGUGUUUGUCUUGCCCCUUCCUGAACUAACUGGGUUUGUGUGCAGAGUUUCUUAGGACACCAAUUUGCCAUUUGCAUCCUUUUUGUAGUUUUGCAGAUCUUGGUUCUGGAGCAUCUGGUGAUCUGUUUAAUAAAGUUGUUUCAGUUAGUAAUAUGCAUAAUCUGCUUCAGAAAAGCAAGCAGAAAGAGGCCAUGCUGAAGCACCUAGCAGUGCCUCCAGCAAACUGCACUUCUCUCUCAGUUCCUGGUAUUCUUCUUGUAGAAAUUGUAAUGUGUUUGAAUCCAACUGUGUACAAGGUUCUGUUGUGUUAAAAUGUUCAUCAGAAAUCUUUUGAUGUGGUGAAGGCUUUUAAAUUUUGAUCUUUCUCAGAACUUCAAAGCAUUUAAACGAAUCUGCACAAAGGGAUAGCAAGGCUGAGAGAACAAGCAGCUAUGUUUUGACUUCGAGGCUGGCAGUGACAUUUGUGAGGUGAUCUCCAUUUAACUCAUCAUACUAAGUUACAGAACAGCACUUUGCAUAGCAAUGUGGCCCUUCUGCUUCUGAACUUUGUCAGCCCAAUAGGCAUCUCCCAAGGCUUGGUUUGUGGAUGCCAUACCUUGGAACGACUUCAAGUGUGAACCCUUUCAGUUCCCUAUGUAUGAAAUCAGUUUCUUUGAGAGAAGUGUCUGUUCUCCAAGGAUCCCAUCCAUUUCUUUCUGAUAACUUUUCUGAGGCACUGAAAGGAAUGUAGGUGCUAGCUGGGGAUGCUGCGUGAGAUGAAUUGAUGACAUACUUUGCUAGAAAGGAGAUAAAAUUAGUUUGUGUAUUGGUCGCUUCCUUUCCCCUCGCUUGUGUACGAGGAGGAGAUAGGUUUGAAGUCUGCCGACAUCUGAAUUUGUUUGAAGACUUCCAAAUGGCAUGUUUCCAGAACAAUCCCUUGAAAUUCUAAUUGUAUUUGUCCAAAAAGAAAGUUGAUAACAUGUGGAAUUAAAGUGGGGGGGACAGACAGACUAUGAGCUACUCACUUCCUGCCUAGCCCAUCUUUGAAGUGCUUUUCUCUUUCUCGUUUGAAACAGGCUCUGCCUCUUUUUCUCUUGCUGCUCUCUUCCUGUCUGCUUCAAAAUAAGUUCCUUGGGUCCCCAUAAUUAGCAGAAAACCCAUUUUCUCUCUCACAUUCCUAACCUAAUCUCGAUGGCAAAAGUGUUUUCAGAACAGGGUAUGGGAAUUGAAGCAUCCUGUCCUCUACCUUAUCAAGGGUGGCUUGAUGUGUGAGUUUGCUUCCCCUGCUAUUCUGAUGGGGUGAGGGUAUUGACUAGCACCUUUGUCUCUUUUGGUAGCCCUUGUGUCUCCAUUUGCAGUGUUUCUCAGAUGGAAAUGUAUGAAUAUUGCUACCUGUACAUUUAUAUACAGCUUCUGUGGCAUAUGUGUAUUCCCUCUUUGCCAUCUUAAAAAGUUAAGAGGGCCCUUGUGCGUCUGCUUUCCCAGCUGUACUGUUAUGGUAAGAUCAGGACAGACCAGCAGUGCAUUUUAUUAUAAUCCCUGAUAUCUGCUGUGAUAGUUCAUUGCCAAUGGCAGAUCAUUCCAGGGAAGUAAACCUGUUCAUCAUAUAAAACUUGCCUUUUAUUUUUCACCACUGCUAGGUUUUUGUGUACAAAAUGUCCUCUACCUGUAGAGCCCAAAUUAAGCAGGGGCGAUUUUUUAACAUGUAAAUGUUAUUUUAUCUUUUCAGCUUUUUAUUGGGGUGGAGUGGUGAAGUUAGGUGUCUUAGAUUUGUAUCUCAUAUUUCCAGUAGUUUGAAAAGCGUCUAUCCUGUAAGACAAACCCACUGACCAGGCCACCCCCAAUAUAUUCUCAUUUAUUUCGUUUUGAUCAAAUAGCAUGACGAAAAGGGGGAGCAGGAUUUCUACACACACACACACAAACGCUCUGCAGCUUUCCUGUGAAUAACUGAUGGGGCAAAUAUGGUAUCUUCUGACUUACCAGUAGCUCUGCUUGCAUAAACCUUGAUUUUAUGCUUCAUCGUUUUCUGCAUUUUAACUUUUGUGUUUUGGCAUUCUCCCUCUUCUGCUGUACUUGGCAUUUGGCCUCCGAAGCGCCCCGUGAGCAUUCACAGUCCACAGAGUAGAGAUUCGGACACCGUGAUUGCAUUCAGCAAGCUCUGGCUUUAGAAUUUGGUUUCUACUGUAUAUUGAAUUCUAUUGCAGUUGCUAUCAGUUGCUAUUUUUGGCAAGUGCAAGGCUGAGUAAGUACUCCAUUAUAUCAUUAACAUGGUCAAUAUGCUGACUUGGCCUGAUAUGGAAGGGUCAUGAUAAAUUCAUAAAUUUCCAUUUGUCUCAGGCCUGUUUAUAUACAUAUAUAAAAAUGUGUGUAUGUAUAUGUAGUCAGGCACCCUCUUCCUUACUUUAGAGAUUAAAGGGUUGUUUUUUCUAUUCAUAGCAAA